AUGAUAUGGCUGUCCGAGUUACCCCUGAAGCGCGAGGGAGACGACAACACUGACGAGUCGUACGCAACGUCCAAACGCGGCAGCGGCAUGACUGAGAAGUCUUCUCGAUGGCGAAAUGUCAGGGAAUACGUUACCAGCAAGGAGGGAUGGUUUGGGAAUUAUGACUAUCUCUACCUCGUUACACCAAACAUAUGGCCCAUGAACAAGAUUUACAAGGAUCAUGAGCCUCCAUUCUACGGUCUCAACGACGAGGUGCCUAUCUUGUUAACCAUAAUCCUCGGCUUACAACACGCUUUGACAAUGAUCGGCUCCGUCGUCUCUCCUAUCCUUGCCCUCGCCGGCGGUGCCUUCUACCUAGACACGGCGACAACCGAGUACCUCGUCUCCGCCUCCUUCAUAACCACAGGCAUCGCGACUGCCCUCCAGGUGACGCGCAUCCACAUAGCCAAGACGCCGCUGUUCAUUGGGACCGGCCUAUUGUCCGUGGUUGGCCCAACUUUCGAUAUCAUCGCCAUCGCCAUCGCCUACACGGCCAAGUUGUACGCCAGCGGCUCCUGCCCCACGGGCCCAGACGGGACCCAGCUCCCCUGCCCUGACGCCUACGGCGCCCUCCUCGGCUCGCUGCUGUGCACCGUCUGGAUCCAGAUCGCAAUGUCGCUCGUCCCUCCCAGGCUGCUGAACAGGGUCUUCCCCAAGCUCGUCACCGGCACGCUCCUGCUCCUCGUGGGCGUCUACCUCAUCGGCAACGGCAUGCAGAACUGGGGCGGCAGCAGCAGCUGCCACGACGGGACGGGCUUCUACGCGCUCUGCCCCAGCGUCGACGCGCCGCGGCCCCUGCCCUGGGGCGAUCCGAAGCUCAUCGGCCUCGGGUUCAGCGUCUUCGCGACGAUCGUGCUGGUCGAGUUCUUCGGGUCGCCCCUGAUGAAGUCCUCGAGCGUCAUCUGCGGGCUGGCGGUGGGGUGUGCCAUCUCGGGCGCGACGGGGUACUGGAGCCCCAGUCAGAUCGAGCAGGCGCCUGUGGUGACGUUCCUCUGGGUGAGGACGUUUAAGCUCUCGGUAGAUGGGGCUCUAAUUUUGCCUUUACUCAUCAUGUUCAUCUGCCAAGGCGUCAGCACCAUGCCGGAUGUCCUGGCCACGGCCGAGAUCUCCGGCGUCGAGAUCGAGGGGACCCGGUUCAACAGCCGCAUACAAGGAGGCAUCCUCUGCGACGGCCUGGGUAGUCUGUUUAGUGCGCUGGGAACGGCCGGGCCGAUGGUUGGCCAGGCCGGGAACAACGGCGUCAUUGUGCUCACGGGCUGCGCGAGCCGGAGAGCAGGGUGGUGCGCCUCUGGCUUCCUCAUACUGAUGGGCAUAUUCGGCAAGUUCGGUGCCAUCUUCGCUUCGAUGCCGCCCUCGGUCUUGGGUGGAAUGCAAGUCUUCCUGUAUAGCACCAUUGCCGUGGCUGGCGUGCGGGUGCUGGCGUUGAUACCCUGGACGAGGCGGAAUCGUUUCAUUCUGUCGACGUCCCUGGCCAUCGGCUUCAUGGACAUUGUACAGCCGACCUGGUUCAGCCAGGUACUCGAUUACAGCGGCUCGAACGUGCGCUUGUCUGGCUUCUUACAAGGCGUCAAUUUGAUUGUGGAAACGCCUUUCAUCAUUGCCGCCGUAAUCGGGGUGUUUUUGAACCUCCUGCUACCGGAUGCGGAGGUGGGAAGUGGGCGAGUACAAAGCCUGGCAGGUAGUCUGAGAGACGACUAG